AUGGUGACGCUCCGUAGCCAGACACGAGCUGAGAAGGCCUCCCACUCGAGUUGGGCUCUUCUCCCUCAAGAGAUCCGCCGCAUGAUCCUAGAGGAUAUCUCUAGUCAAAGACGAUGGAGUUGUGCGUCCACUGUCUGUAAAGAAUGGCAUGCCAUUAUUGCAUCAAAAAAUCUUAAUCGACUUGAGUUGGGCGGAGCAUCCGCCGAAGGCCUGGAAACAAUCAUUCUGCAAAGGCACCUCAUUCGCAGAGUUUACCUCAACAUUCAGCUUCCUCUCUAUAGAUGUAGCCAGUGUCCGGGAUAUAUCCCUCCAUUUGUCCCUGUGAGGCUCAUCAAAGAGGCACUACGAAAGCUGACCAAAGCGCUCGCAACCUGGAGGCCUACACAUCAUAUAACGUUGGAGCUCAAUGCGUACUCACCGUCUGACCCGGAUCACUGCUUCAAGAACCAUCUUUACGGAUUCGAGUACGAAAAUGAUGUAAAUUUUCUUGAGAAGCAGAUAGUUUUGCAUGAUCCAGUCCACGGCUGGUUCAGAGGGAAGCAGGUGACGCCUCCAACGCCAGCAGCUGUUCAUCAGCUGUUCAGCACAAUCAUUCCAAAGAUCAGCGGCAAGAGACUCUCAAAAGUUCCAGCAAUUAAAGGGGUCGUGAUCCGCCGACAGAUGCGACGUGAAAUCGACCGCGUCGCGCUCUCCGAAUUGCUAAAGAAGUUCCCAAAUCUCGAGAGUAUCAACUACGAGCCGUGGCGGGUUCUGUUCCACAUACCAAAUUCACUUGGCUCGAGUUAUGACCAGAGAUGGGCUUCCCACAUGGCCGCAGCACAUCAGAUCAGUGACCAUUUUCGAGGAUUUCAACGAACAGAUCAUGGAAGCUACUCGGAGGAACGUGAACUCGACCAUUAUUGUGGCAUCCAUGCAAAUAGAGACCCGCCGGCAUACAAGAUAUGA